GCCACGCUUCGUUUUAACCCUAAGUUCCACUCCCAAAUCUUAAAAUAGGUUCAUUCUCUCUCCCAUUUACAAUGCCAGAAUCAACACUUUCUUUACUAAUUGAGACUGACAUUUUUUCUGCUCAACUUCACCGUCCCAAAUCUCCCUUCAGCAAACACUAGCAACUCUGGUUUCUACAAUGCCUCCUUUGGUGAAGAAUCCAACAGAGUUUACACGCUCGUGCUCUGCAGGGGUGACGUUCAACCUGAUAUAUGCAGAAGCUGUGUAAAAGACUCAAUUAACAUGCUAAAAGAGCAAUGUCCUCACCAAAAGGAGGCUGAUGAGUGGUACCAAGAGUGCCUCUUAAGGUACUCGAAUACUUCUAUACUUAACACCUUAGUGACAGAGCCAACUAGGAUGCACAGUGGUACCGUUGCAAGUGAUAAGGCUCAAUUUAAUCAAGACCUCAGAGAUAUGUUGGAUAAUUUGAAAGCACAAGCUAUUCAACAAAAGUUUGCCACGGCAAAACAAACGACACAGGAUCGGACUAUAUAUGGGCUUAUGCAGUGCACUCCUGACUUGUCUUCGACGCAGUGCAGUAACUGCCUUGAUAAGGCUAUUGAAAAUAUUCCAACAUGUUGCAGUGGAAGAACAGGUGGCCAAGUAUUAAAACCUAGCUGUAGACUUAGAUUUGAGAUUGGACCUUUUUAUGAUGGGACGCCUUCGGUUGAUAUACAAACACCUUCGGCUAAACAACCUCCUGCAGUAGCUGGCACAGAUAAUAAUAAGAAGCAAACUAUAAUUAUCAUUGUUGUCGUCAUUGUUGGUACUGUUACACUCCUGCUUGUUCUAUUCUGCAUCUAUAAAAGAAAGGGAAAACCGAGGACUGCUGCUGGGAUAUUGCCCAAGGACAUGGUGAAUUUACAGACCAUCCAAUCCAUUCAAUAUAACUUUGGUACUCUUGAAGUUGCUACAAAUUGCUUCUCAGGUGGCAAUAAACUCGGACAAGGUGGUUUCGGAGCAGUUUACAAGGGUACACUUCAAAAUGGUGAACGAAUAGCUGUUAAAAGGCUUUCUGCAGGUUCAAAUCAAGGUCAACAAGAAUUUAUAAACGAGGUCGUCAUUGUGGCAGAACUGCAACACAAAAAUUUAGUUAGACUUCACGGUUACUGCUACGAAGGAACUGAAAGACUUCUUGUUUAUGAGCUUUUGCCGAAUGCAAGUCUUGACCACUUUAUACUUGAUUCAGGGAAGCGUACAUGCAUGAAUUGGGAGAUACGAUACAAGAUCAUAAAUGGAGUUGCUAGGGGACUUCUUUAUCUACAUCAAGAUUCAAGACCGUCGAUUAUUCAUCGUGAUCUCAAAGCUAGCAAUGUUUUGCUCGAUGCAGAGAUGAAUCCUAAAAUUGCGGACUUCGGCAUGGCAAAGCUAUUCAACUUGGAUGAAACUCACGGAAGUACAAGUUAGGAAGGAAAAGAGACCUACGAUGGAUUCAGUAGUGCUUAUGCUAAAUACCUUUUCUCUCAGUCUUGCUGUACCUUUAAAACCGGCAUUUUUUAUCCAGAGUACCAUUGAUCAAGAA